CGAACUGGUCAAUGGUCUGAGGAAGACGGGGGGGGGAUUGGGUGAGUGGAUAAUGUGUCAUGAGCCCGGAACAAUGAUCGAUGAAUACUUCAGAUAGCAGGAAACAUAGUUGAUCACAAAUAUUCUCCAUCAGGUCUACUACAGUCACUACCUGUUCAAAGGGGAAGUAAACAUUUGUUUGUGUACAAGCGUGGUUCGGAUGUGUUUAGCUAUACACGUGUAGCUUGUUGCCCGACCAACACACCCUCGUCUAACCGCAUUCAAUUGUUCCAACGGUCUCAUUCUACCGCUCAGUAAUACAGUACAUCAAAUCCAUCGUGAGAUCAUCACUUCAAACAUGACUCUUGCGUGAGACACUGCGCGGAGAGCGGCUAGGCUCCACGUUAGCGGAGAAGCUCGGUCGAUCGUUACUUUCUCGCGGCCCAACGUUUACCUUCACCAGCGAGCACAGAAGACACGCUCGUAGGUGGCGCAGGUCCUUCGGGACAGUUUCCAAAGCCAUUCUGUUCAAUUCCUUGAGGGAAACUUACGACAGAAAAGCCGAACGAACAAAACUGUUGUUCUUCGAUGUAUCGCUGUCGCCCAGGAAAUACGUCAUGCGCGGGGUCCGAGUUGAGCAUCGGCACAGAGGUGUCUGUGUAGCGCGCCUGUCGGAAAAUCUCAGCUUGGUUACAGAUAGUGCUUGAAGUGUUUUGUAUAAUUAUUUGUUUUACUUAUUUUAGAAAUCGUGUGCUGAUUAUACUGCGCAGUUUAUCUUAAAUACUUGAAACAUCCCAGUGCAAUAAUACUAAAAUGUUCAAUUACAAAAGCUAAAAAUGCAUUUUGCACCAGCCAGAUCAUAAAGCUAAUCUAAUAUCAAUCAGCUUGCAAUCUCCCAGUAUGUUAAUGUUAUGUCAACAGUUGAGAUGGAAGAAAGUGAAAGCUACUCCCUUAAUCUGCAAUAUCUUGUAGAUAUUCCAUUUGUCUGAUAGAUUUCUUAUUGGUUAAUUUUAAAAGUAGCCUAUGCAUCAAACAAGUUUGAAAAAGGCCUUGUUUCAUGAUCAUAGAAAAUUUGAUCAUCAGAAAAAACAUUGUAAUGAUUUGAAAAUUACAAUAAAGUUGUUUCAAAUCAUUAAAUAGACAAUUUAUUAGCAUAGUCAACAGUAAUAAAUAAAUAAAUAGAUUGUCAAUAGUUGCUAAAAUAUCAUAAAUAGCCUUUACAGGUCAGUGCAAGAGGGCCUUACUAGGAAGGACUUUCGUCUGUCAAGGCCGACAAUGGAGAACAUCCUAAGUCUCCUGGGUGACACCAACCAAGGAUGGGGGAGGGAAUUGAGGUCCUUGUAUUUGUGAACUGGUUGGCUUGUGGCACAUCUUACAGGGUUGCGUCAGAGGCCUUUGACAUUCCCUGAACUUGGUUCACCACAUCAGCUGGGACGUCCAGGGCUUCAUCCGCACCCCCAACAGGGCCCCUUUCUGGUUCCCCAGCUUUCAGCUUUAUGUGGCAAGGAGCACAGAUGGGUGUGAUGUCUGAAUUGAACCACCUGCAUGGUUUGCAGCGGGCUACUUCUGCUCAACUCAAUCCGGUUCCAAGUCGUCUGUGACCACAUGGGUCGCUUCCUGGACGUUAGUGUGAGCUUCCCUGGCCGUGUGCACGAUGCAAGGGUCUGUGUGCACCAGCUGUACCCACCUCCAGGAUGGUGCCUUAUUGGUGAGGGAGGGGUAUCCCUGUUUGGCACAACCCAUCUGCCUGAUGACCUCGUUCCACGAGCCUGCUCAGGAUGCUGUUGAGAGCAGGUACAAUUCAAGGCUGUCCAGGGAAAGGUGUGUGGUAGAGAGGGAGUUUGGGCUGAAGACCCGGUGGCGCUUCAUCUUUUUGAAGGCACAACAGUUGAAGGGGGAGUUUGUGUCUGAGGGCAAUUUUGACUGCCUUAAUUACAUUAUGCAGCCUGAAGAAGGUGAUAAUGGUGAUUGCUGGGACGACUGUGACACGCUCAGAAUCAGGCUCACAGCUGUAGUGACUGCUCAAGCUCGGACCGAUGAGUGCUGAUGUCUGUACAGAAAAAAGAAGCCUUCUGGUUUGGAGAUUCCUUAUUAAUCUUUAUUUUAAACAUAUAUUAAAUUAAACUUGUGUACCACCCCACUAACCCUGUUACUGGCGUUUGGUUCUAUACCUUUAUGCAUUUUCAAUGAAUUUUCUCGUAUGCUUUGUUUUCCUUUUUGAUUAUUUUUAGAUGAUAUUUUAUUACUCUUAACCAUAUAUACAUAUAUAUAUUUUGUAUUUCUGUGUCAUGCCAACAUUUGGCCCAUCGCUUCUUGGGAUUACAAGACGCCCCUAAUUUACAAUCUUUUUCCGGUUUACAAAUGUAAAAAAGACACACUGAAAAAAGGAAAAGAAAAUCAAAAGAAAUCCAAACAAUAUCGCGUACAGAACUAUUGCAUUUCUAUAAAUUGACUCAAUAAAGAGUUAUUUUUCCUCAUUUCACAAGCUUUCUCCAGAUAACUUACUGUCAUGCAUAAAAUCAACUCAAUCUUUGGACUCGAAAACAAAUAAUUAUUAUUCUACUGUAUCAUACUAUUACUGUACUGUGUCACAAAUUUUUGCUAUAUUUUAACCACACGUGAAAUUUCAACCGUUUCAAAAUUUUGCAGAUUCUGGCCUGUUUAGAUUUACAGCUUGGGAAUCCAUAAGCGAGGUCGAGGGUAAAGACAAAUGACCAACUCAUAUAGCUGCUGUAAAUUCAUGUUGUUCUUUGUUUAUUGAUGUUUUACAUUAUUGACCUAUUUGUUGUGUUUUUGUUAAAUCUGUAGUGUUACCCAAAUACAUUUAGUUGAAUUUACUCCGGAACAUUUCGGCUACAGUUACUGUAUUUCUCGUGAGUUCAAUUUUAGAAAGGAACUGGUCUUUGUGGCCAUCUCUCCAUACCUAUUUCUAACUGGUAAACAGAUUUCUUCACAGGAGAAACUUGAAAAAUAGUGCAUGAGUCGCCGUGUACUUUGGAUAGUUUGAAUCGCUGUGGAGAGUCCGGUAAGAACUCUGGGUUUGCCUUUACAGAGAAUGGUUCAAAUAACCGAGAGUUCCUUUAUUAUUUCUUUCGGUGUCUGUAUGUGGUUUUUCCCUGAAAUUCUUCUUGACUUUCAAGAUGGUGGUCUCAGUCUGGUUUUGUAUUUUCAAAUGGGGUCAACAAGUAACUCAGUGACUCGCCUCUGUUUGUCUGCUGCAAUACAAAAGAGGUAGGAUUCUGAGAGGAUUCACUUCCUGUUAUUUGCCAUGAGAUCACAGGAGUGUUUGUGCCUUUGAUCACAAGAGUGUGUUUGUCGGAUCAUAGGAGUGUGCAUUCCAGAUCACAGGAGUGUGUGUAUGCCUUGGAUCCUUGCAUCAACGCGAGCAGGUUUGAAGGAGAGCCGAGUGUAGCGAGGGAGUAGAUGGGCACGUUGCGGAGCUCGUUUCGCCUUCGGAGCCAGUGUGAUCGCCGGGACACGAGCGGAGCACUGCAGCGGUCCGAUCUCUGUGGGUCAUAAUACGAAAACGACAUGGACUGAAUUGAACAACUCCUUCGAGGAUUUCCCCCUUCUCCUCUUCUCCCAACCCCACGGUUGUUAAAACUCGACCCGACACUCUCGGCUCUUCGCUGCGGGUCGACAUGCCUUGUGAGCUUCCGGCGGCAACCUGCAGCCGAGCCCUUUGAAGUUCAAGUCGGCGCUCCGCGAAGUUUUCGGUGGAUUUAAGUCCCCCCCAAAAAAGAAAGAAAAAAAUGUGGCGCCGACGGGACGAGCUGCCUUCUGACGCCGUCUGUCAACUCGUGUUCGGCCACAAGACGUGAUUGCGCCGCACGGGGACCGGAGUCACAACAAUACACAUCAACAACAACAACAAUAACAACAACAACAACAACAAUAACAACAACAACAACAACAACAAUACGAGCAGCAAGCUGUAGUAGCCGGGGCCCGCGGAGGAAGAUCGACACUGCGCUGUCCGGACCUGCGCUUCAUCUGGGACAGGACACCUGAAGGCAACACGCGUUACACACGGGAGGACCUGCGCUGCGUGUCCCGUGAAGACCACUUCACGCUCUGUCACAGCGUGACGUGUGUGUGUGUGUGUGUGCGUGUGCGCGUGCGUGUGUCGCCGCCCGCAUUAACGACACUGGAUUAAGUGUGAAAAAAGAAAAGGGUUCCCCAUUAGAUCCCUGGAGCGGUGUCGGUUCCCCCGCAGCGGCGCGCCCGGCUCCACGCGGGCACCGAGUGACGCGCAUUUCCAUAACGUGUGUAGUCUGAAUAUUCACGCGGGUGCUGAGCGCAACUUUUGAGUUAUGAGUGCGAGCUAUGCUGGCCGUCCUCCAGCGUUGAACACUUGGAUUGUAUCCAUUUCGCAGUAGUCGCCCGAGGGGAGACAGAGGGGGAGAAGACGCAGGGGACGCGCGUCAAACGGCGUUUCUCGUGUUCGCCCGCGGCGCUUGCCUGCUUUGAAGUCCACCAUGUGCGGCCGGGCACCGCCGCUACCGCCGAGGCCAUGACCGUCCCCCAGCGGCGCCUGGCCGGGCUCUGGCCGUGGCUGUUCAUGGCGGCCCUGCAGGUGGUGCUGGGCCAGCCGGGCCUGGAGCCCGAGCGGCCGGCCCUGCGAGCGGUCAUCAGGGUGACCCUGCUGAGGAGCGAGCCCGCGGGGCAGCCCAUCACCCUGGAGGGGCUGUUCGUGGGAGGGAGCGCCGGCUACGCGGAGGGGAAACUGAUGCAGUAUCACCCUUUGUCUCUGUGCAACACAAGCGAGGAUGAAAGGCAAGAGAGUGACUUCAUCACCAUCGUCAAACUGGAGCACAGGGUACCCCGCUGUCUGCCGCUGCUCGAUAAGGCUCGCAUGGCGCUGGAUAAAGGAGCUCAGGCUGUAAUCUUUGACGUCAGUGAUGAUGCUAAUGCUGCUGCUGAGCUGCGAGAAACAGACGCCCUUCCCCGACCAGUCGUGCUGGUGGAGGCCGAGGACGCCGAGGAGCUGAUGGGCUUGGUCAACAAGAACGAGGAGGCCAAAGUUCUUAUUGAGAUCCUGGUGGAGCAGUCCAGAUGGCCACAUUAUGAUGUGGGUAUCCUGCUCACCAUCAUCCUGGCUAUACUGACCAUCGUCUUAAUCUUUGCCUUCCGUUACAAGUGCAAGUCCAACAGGACCUGGGACUCCGUCCAUCAGCAGACCAUGCGGGCCAUUAGUCGCCUGGAGACUAAAACCUACAGCUCUCAGGGCUGCUCGGGCUCACAGCGUCACCGGGCGGCCUGGGGGUCCGCCAGCAGCUCCAACUCAAGCCCCGUCUGCGCCAUUUGCCUGGAGGAGUUCCAGGACGGGCAGCAUUUGAGGAUCAUCUCCUGUGCUCAUGAGUUCCAUAAAGACUGCGUGGACCCCUGGCUGUUGCAGCACCGCACCUGUCCCCUCUGCAUGCACAACAUCAUGGGUGAGGACAAGCAUAGUUACAGGGCCGAGCGGCAGCCUCCGAGGAGCAGACUCCAGCAGAGUUCAGAGCAAAGUCAAGGCUUCCUGCACCCUCAGCCUUACAGCAGCCCGCACAACCACCCCUUCCCUCAGCAUGCCAUCCCCUUCUCUAUGAGGCCGCACUAUCCUCGUGGACCCUCCGGACCAUAUCCGCCUCUGGGCCACUACGGCGGCUCUUCUCCCAUGGACGCCCAAACGUUACGUUUCCUCAGCAGCAGGCCACUUGGCCCUGGCUGCGGGUACCGCCCCCCCGCAGAGGGUCCCGGAAGGCCCCACAGGAUUGGAGGUAACUGCAGGACGUCCACUCACCACUACACCCCUCGUCGAUCCUGCCACAACUAUCGCUCGUCCUGUCCGACGCAGCGAAGCGCGUCCUGCUCGAGACUGCACCACGCUGCCUCUGUCAUGCCACAGACCCGCGGGGCGGCUGCCCGCAGCCGGCAGGACGAGGGCAGCUGCUCGGGCGGCAGCUACCACACAGAACGCAGUGGAUACUUGGCUGACGGGCCGGCAAGUGACUCCAGCUCGGGGCCCUGCCAUGGCUCCUCCAGCGACUCAGUCCUCAACUGUACGGACGUGUCCCUGCAGGGAGUCUAUGGCAGCUGGUCCACCUUCCGUAGCUCUCUGAGUAGUGACUACGAUCCAUUUGUUUAUUAUGGGCCAGGUGCUGGGCGGGGCCCCAGGAGAAACAGCCUGGAGGCCGGUGCCCAGGCCAGGCCCAGGUCCCUGGAUUCUGUGGUGAACAAACCGGGCUGUCCUGAAGAGCAGCCACAGACUGUGUUCAGCCACAUCCACUACCACCGCCACAGACACCACCACUAUGAGGAGGGGGAGCACAGCCAGGGCCCGAGCAAAGGCUCGGACGAGGAGCAGGGGGCCUCCGCUGCCGCAGCACCGGCUGCUCUUGUCCUGGACAAAGACUUACCUGUGUGCCCUUCCAAGCACAGCCCCUGCCAGUGCCCAAAGCCAGACCCCACAGAUCGGCCCGGCCCGGGACAGGCCGAGUUCCAGAGCCAUGAGCGCAGCAGUCCCACGGGACCUCCUGUCCUGAUGUCCCCGCUCCCAUUACAGCUGCAGCCCCACUGCUGCCACCAGGCACACGGACACCCCUCCGCUCCCCUCGGGCGGGUUGGUGGCUGUGUGCUCGAUGGCCCCUCCGUUUGCUUCCACCAGAGCCUGGACCUGCAGGAUGACCGCAGCAUCCACAUUCACUACGGCCAGGGCAGGGGGGGCUUCUGCUGCUCUCCCCCUGAGCUGCACCCCGCAUUGCUUCCCGUGCCCCUCAUCCUGGACUCUGGGGGCAUGGAGGAGUGGCCUUGCUGUGCCGGGGCCCACGUCGUGUGGCAAAAGCGGGUGCCGCAGGCACGAUCAGAGCCCCAACUCCUGGGGCCUGGGGCUGCUAAGGACAGGCCACCCUGCAGGUUCCACCAGGGGCCUGCUGCUGACUGCAACACAGACAUUUGUUUAUACUGCCAAACGUUACACCACAAUCAGGGAUCAGAAGAGGAGUCCGGUGUGUGACGAACUCCGUCGCAUCCCCCAAUCAUCACGCUGCUACACAGGAGCCAGAAUGGACGAGCCGCUCAUCGGCCAAUCGCUUCUCAUGUCUUCCACAUGAUUCCGCCAGCAAUGCCUUCAUUCAGACGGUGCCACGGCUUCCCCCCCACCCAGCCAGGAUUCAGAGCACACGUACUUUGUGCGCUUUCCAGCUGAGUCAGCUGGGUUAAGAUUAAAAGUGAAAAUGAUUGGGAUAAGAUUGUGUUUUUAUUUCAAAAAUAAAACCUUGAAAGAUUUAAAAGUUUAGAAAGAGAGAGUUGCUGGGGAAACAACUCAAACACCAUAAAGGGGAAAUCAUGUUUUUUUUUUUUUUCCUGUGUUUCUCCUCGUCAGUUAUAGGAAGAAUAUUCAUUUCUGACAUGAAAUCACAAGUUCCAUGCUCCUCGGUGACAGCUAACGAAUGACCCUUGCUUAGGGGUGUUGAGCCCCCAGGAAGUGAGACUCCAUCUCGGCAUCGCUCACUCUAUUACAGAAUAACUUGAUUAUUCUUAGUGGUACUUAACUUUCACUUCCUCCUCCUCCUCUUCGUCUUCCUUCGCUGAGUCCAGUCUCAGCUGAGAGAAGCUCUUCUCUCCGGCCUACCUCAGCUCAGAUUCCGAAACACGCCUCACACAGGAGGUUUUUAUAGGUACUGCUGUAGUGACUAUCAUUAUUUUUUUUCAAAUAUUUUUUCUUUGUCACAUCCAUGUAGCUCCCGUAAACCCAACUUAAACGUUGUCCCGGCGGCAGUCGGACCUGUCCACUUGGAGAGAACGGUUUGUGCUCAGCCCCUCAAACAAUGAGCAUUCACUGAGGUUGCUGAGCUGUGCAUGGGCCUUUCUUUUCAUUAUUUCAAUAAUGGCAGCUGUUUUAAAACACUUUUUUUUUUUUUCCGUUUGUGUUUUUGGAUCAUUUUCCGUUUGUUUUUUCUUUCAUUUGUAGCCUGUAAUUUGUUUUGUUUUUUGUUUUUUUCACCUUUCAAAAUGAAACGUUUUGACUGAAUUGUGUCGUUGUCAUUACAAGCUAUUGUCUUGUUCUCAUCAUUUCUCUUUGCUGUCGGUGACAUCAGGUGUGACUUCUGUGCUGUUAACCCCCCCCCCCCCCCCCCCACCAAUCUGUGCAGAGUGAACAGGCCCCCGUCAGAAGGACGACCACCAUGUUCCCUGCUCAAAUCAUCACAUUGUCCCAUUAUCCUCCCACCGUCUUCCAGCAAGUAAAGCUCUACAAAAAAUAUUCAACGUUGCUUGCAUAGAAUAGAAACAUAGUGAUUAUGUUGUAACUGGAGUAAAGCCGUGCUAGGUGGACCUCACAGUCCCCGAGCAUCGGCUGAGUCUGUUUUGCAUUCGCAACAGUUUAAUGCGAGCUGGUCGUGCUCGUCCCAUGAUCUCAAACUGCAAUGGGGCAGAGUCUGAGAGAUUUCCUCAGGAACAAUCGAAACACUGGAGAAGUGGGAAGGAUUCCUCUUAGUCACAGCGUUGACACCCAGAUCGGUGAAGAAUCCUUUGCCGUGGUAAAUGUGCGCUUCCGGUCCUUCCAGUGCCUUUGAGCUCAAGAAAUCAAAUAGAGAAAUGAGCUAGGGCUUUUUAUUACAUUCUGAUUUCGAAGUCCAUGUUUAAAUCUUUGCUACCUAGACGCCCCUCUGUUCCCAUUUAGCCUCUCUUGCAUCUUGCAUCCUGACAGACAGAAAACGUUGCUCACGACUGUGAACAUUUAAACAGUGUAGAUAAAAGUCCCGCCUUGUCAGGCCAUCAAAUAGGCUCUCCAUACAUUUGCCAUCACCACAGACGUCUCCGUGCACGCAUGUUCUCGACUAAAUCAUCCGAGAUCAGACGAAUAGGAACCUGCUUUGUCGUGGACUUUCCCUUAAAGGCUCAGUGAAAAUGUGAAAGGAUCUUUUUUUUCUCUCUCUCUCUCCGCAGUCCAACUGCAGCUCCAGUUUAGCGCAGCACAAACGUGCAAUGUAACCGGUAGCACUUAUACUAAAGACUUCCACGUGCCUUACUCUUUCAAACUGUUCACUCUCAUCCUAAAAUUGGGAAACUCCCAACACGCUAAGCUCUUAUCCUGUCUAACCAAAGAUGCAAAAAUCCUGAACACAGUGUGUUGUGCCUUCCUUUUUCCGACUUCAGCCCCGUCCUUGAAUCUCAGAGUUAAACGUACUUUCACUGAGGAGAAGGGAAUAUGCUCGAAUUGAAGUGGAACUCAUUUUUGGACAAUCGUACAGAACUUUUACACCUGCGCUUUCUCUUAGAAAUUAUACCUCAUUGUGAAUGAAUCAACACGGCGUCCUCUAGCUUAAGUAUCAAAGUUUCCUUGUCUGACGUUUUUCACGCCCAAAGUCUCUGAGAUGGAACUGACUGAAUUCAAGCAGCACUUUGGCUUUAGCAGAUUUGGGGGGCGGGGGACGACGACAAUAUGAAUCUCCUUUAAACAAUCCCAAAACCAUCAGCACGUAAAAAAAAAAAAUAAUGCCGCGAAAUAUCUGAUGUGAUCUCAUCCUGUUCAAGAUCUUUCUCUUUGCAUUGUUCAUGUCUUUUUGUUUUGUCAUGUUCUUUUUUUUUUGCGAGAAUAAUGAGCUGAAACUGCCUUUUUCUAAUAGAGUAAAAAAAAAGUCCCUCCAGAACUUGAAGGGAUGUGUCAGUAUAUUUUGGAUACUUUGUGUACAAAAAGAGAACAACGAAAAACAGAAAUGAAAUAGUGUUGUAUUUUAUAUAUAAUAGAACAUUUCAAUAUAGUGACGCGUCACUAAUAUAUUUAUUUACUAAUAUAUUUAUCCAUUUUGUCCAGGUUUGAAAGAGUGGUUUCUGUAUAGACUGAAUGUUCCUAUAUGGAAACUGACCAGUGCCAUCGCAGAUGUAUCAACCUGUCUUCAUUCCAAGUAUAUAUGCAAAUAAAUUAUUUUGAAAUAAA